UACCGAUCGAUAAGGAAGAUGGCGGGGAAUUCGAACAGCCUGUUGCCUGAUCCGACCAGUGAUCUGCACUGGAAUGAUUUUAAUGGAGCCAUCCAUCAAAUCUUCGCGCGCAAUGCCAAUGAGCACCCGGACAGGCUCUGCGUGCUUGAAACCAAGGGCAUGCGAUCGCCCGAGCGUCAAUUCAACUACAAGCAGAUCAAUGAGAGUUCCAACCAACUAGCCCAUUAUCUUCUGAACAAUGGGUGCGAGCGCGGGGAUGUCGUUAUGAUCUACGCCUACCGAGGCGUUGAUUUAGUGGUUGCCUACAUGGGAGCUCUCAAGGCUGGCGCAACUGUUAGUGUGCUGGAUCCGCAAUAUCCCCACGAUCGUCAGAAGACCUUGUUGGAGGUCGCCAAUCCCCGAUUCAUCGUCCACAUCCAACGAGCCGCUGAGGAAUCUGGUCCGAUCGCCGAAACGGUCUCCCAAUUCAUCGCUUCGUCUUUGAGCAUCAAGGCUCAUGUCCCCGCGCUUAGGCUCCUCGACGAUGGCCAGCUCACCGGUGGUCUUGAUGCUGGUCAGGAUCAGGACUGUCUUCAGCCCUAUGAGAACCUCAAGCAGCAGCUGCCUGACGUUGCCAUUGGUCCUGACUCAGUCCCCACUCUCAGCUUUACCAGUGGCUCCGAAGGCAAGCCCAAGGGUGUCCAGGGUCGGCAUUUCUCCCUGACCUACUACACGCCUUGGAUGCAGGAGAGAUUUGGUCUCUCGAAGGAUGACAAGUUCACAAUGCUGUCUGGCAUUGCCCACGACCCAAUUCAACGCGACAUCUUUACGCCCCUCUACCUCGGCGCUCAGAUUGUUGUGCCGCACCGCGACAGCAUCGGACACGAGCUUUUGGCUGAAUGGAUGAAGGAGUACCGCGUGACCGUCACCCAUCUCACACCUGCGAUGGGCCAGAUCCUCGUCGGCGGCGCUACCGCUCAGUUCCCUUCGCUCCACCACGUAUUCUUUGUUGGGGAUCUUCUGACCAAGAAGGACUGCCGGAGACUGCAAGAAUUAGCCCCUCGCGCUUCGAUCGUCAACAUGUACGGAACUACGGAGACCUCCCGAGCUGUGUCGUAUUUCGCGAUCCCUAGUAAAUCCGAUCAGCCCGAAUACCUCGACGGCAUGCCGGAUAUCAUCCCUGUCGGCCAGGGCAUGCUCGACGUCCAACUUCUGGUCGUUGAUCGUAACGACAAAUCCCGUAUCUGCGAUAUUGGGGAACAAGGCGAGCUGUUCCUUCGAGCGGGAGGCCUUGCUGAGGGAUAUCUUGGCGAUGACCCCGUCAUUCAGAAACUCAAUGAAUCUAAAUUCUUGACGAACUGGUUUGUUGAUCCUGCAGUGUGGACUCGCCAAUACGAGCGCAUUGCCGCAGAGUCUCCGAAGCCUUGGAUGGAGCUCUACAAGGGACCGCGGGAUCGGAUUUACCGAACCGGUGAUCUCGGUCGGUUCCGUGCCGAUGGUGCUGUGGAAUGCACUGGUCGAGUUGACAACCAGGUCAAGAUUCGCGGGUUCAGAAUUGAACUGGGCGAGAUUGACACUCAUUUAUCCCAUCAUCCUUUCAUCCGUGAGAAUGUCACCCUGGUCCGGAGAGAUAAGGACGAGGAACCGACUCUGGUGAGCUAUAUUGUGCCAGAGGCGAAGCGAUGGUUCCAGCAGCUCGCGGAAGACGGGAUCCUGCCUUCUGAGCCGGAGUCAUCCUCGGAGGAUGAAUCGCUGGUUGCUAUGCUUAAGAAGUUCCGCUCGUUGUCGGAGGACUGCAAGAAGUUCCUGAAGACCAAGGUGCCUAACUACGCUGUACCGACGAUGUUCAUCCCUCUUGCUCGCAUGCCUCUGAACCCGAACGGCAAGAUCGACAAGCCUGCCCUUCCUUUCCCGAGCACCAGUGAUCUCGCCCUUUUGAACAGAAGGGCGUCAAGGAGCUCUUCGAUGCAAGCAAACCUCACUGAAACCCAACAGAAGGUGGCGGCGAUCUGGGCAGGAGUCCUGCCAAACAUUACCGCGCGGAUGCUCACUCCCAAGUCCAACUUCUUCGAGGAGGGCGGACACUCGAUCCUUGCGCAGCAAAUGCUGUUCAAGGUUCGACGGGAGUGGAAAGACAUCGAUAUCCCCAUGAGCGCCAUCUUCCAGUCGCAGACUUUGGAGGCAUUCGCUACGGAAAUCGAAAACGCCCAGGAUCCUACUGGUCUCCGACUUGACCAGAACGUCCACGAGAGCUCGACCAUGGUGGACGAAGCGUACUCGGCUGAUGCCCGCGAUCUUGCUGGAAAGCUCCCAGCUAGCAUUCCCAAGUCGGUCAGCUCCGGAACUGCCGGGACGACUUUCCUCACCGGCGCCACGGGAUUCCUCGGUUCCUACAUCCUCCACACCCUCCUCGAAACCAACAAAGAAGCCCGUGUCAUCGCUCACGUGCGGUGCAAGGAUGCUGCAUCCGGGCUCCAGCGUCUCAGGGGCAUUGCCGAGACCUACGGGCUUUGGCGCGAGGAUUGGAGCGGCCGGGUAGAGGUCGUUCGCGGCGACAUCUCCAAGCCCCAGCUUGGCAUGAUCUCAGAGGACUGGGACCGCGUUACCAAAGAAGCGGAUUAUGUCAUUCACAACGGCGCGCAAGUGAACUGGAUGCUUCCGUACUCCAGCUUGCGCUCGGCCAACGUCCUGAGCACCAUGGAGUGUGUGACUCUCUGCACCAGCGGCAAGCCCAAGCGCCUGGCAUUCGUCAGCUCCACCUCGACUUUGGAUACCGAGCACUAUGUCAAUCUCUCACAGCAGAGCGUCGCGUCCGGUGGAUCGGGUGUCCAAGAGACAGACGACCUGCAGGGCAGUGCUAAGGGCCUGGGCACAGGGUACGGCCAAUCGAAGUGGGCCAGCGAGUACAUCGUCCGCGAGGCUGGCCGGCGUGGCCUGGACGGCGUUGUCGUUCGCCCCGGUUACAUCACGGGAGACCCGCAGUCGGGCUUCUCGGUCACCGACGAUUUCCUCUUGCGUCUGUGGAAGGGCUGCAUCCAGGUCCAGGCCCGCCCGGACAUCCCAGGCAACACAGUCAACCAGGUCCCCGUCACGCACGUCAGUCGCGUCGUGGUCGCCUCGGUGCUCUACCCGCCCGUCGAGCCCCUGGGAGUCGUGCAGGUCACUAGCCACCCGCGCCUGACCACCAACGAGUUUCUCGGGUCCCUCGAGACCUACGGCUACAACGUGCCGCAGGUCCCCUACCGCGAGUGGUGCUCUCUGCUGCAGGAAUACGUCGCCGACGAGAGCAACACCGGACCCAAGGAGCUCGCACUCCUUCCGCUCUUCCACUUCGUCGUCGGCGAUCUGCCGUCGAACUCUCUUGCCCCUGAACUCGAUGACACCAAUGCCGACGCCUCGUUACGUGCUUUUGGCGCCGCGCCGGAGAAACUGAGCGAUCGUGCUGUUACCACGGAGAUCAUUGGCAAGUAUCUUGCCUUCUUGAUCGCCACUGGCUUCGUGCCUAGCCCUUCCACUCCGGGCGCCAAGGCUAUCCCUGAAGUGGAUACCCAAAGGUUGCAAGCUAUGGGAAGCCUUGGUGGACGGUCAUCCAAGUAGGUUCUAUAUGAAGAAAACGAGUGUAUUGUACUUGGCAGAUAGCGCGGUGUUGCGUACAACCUGGCCUGAUUGGUAGAUAUAGUUUGCUUGAAUAGAAAAGCGUUAGAUUGUUUAU